AUGCAGUUCUGGAGGAGCCGUCCUGCGACGAAGCUGCCUAUCAUGCUCAAUCAUCAAGACAUAGUUGACAGCCUUACCGAAAAUAAUAAGACACAUGCCUGGGGUAGCAGAAGGAUUGGGAAGGACGAACUGUAUGUAGCCCGCAUUCCAAGCACUGCUGGCACUGGUCUCCCGACUGCACUGGUCGUCAAGAAGUUCCAGAACGCAAACCCUGCACUACUAGUGGACGACAAUGUCAAGAACCGCUGCAGGUCGGAGAUGAUCCUGUUAGCCAGCAUCUGUCACGAUAACAUCAACAGAAUCCUAGAUGUCAUCGAGAGGGAGGAAGCCAUCAUGCUCAUCUACAAGUACGAGGUGAAUGGAAGCCUUGACUACUGGCUGCACCAGCCAAAGGAUGCCGGUCGGCCGCUCAGCUGGCCGGAGAGGAGGGCCAUCGCCAUCGGCGUGGCCAAAGGGCUCUGCCACUUGCACCAUGGAUGCAACAAACCAGUUGUACACCACAACAUCAACUCUAGCAACAUCUUGCUUGAUCAGAAUUUCAAGGCCGUGAUAGCCAGUUUUGACGAUGCGCAGAUGAACAUGGCCGGGCUCGACCAACCGUUGCCAAUCACGGACCUGCCCCCUGGUAAUUUUGGGUAUGCAGCUCCAGAGUAUGGUGUCGCAGCAAGCGAGCUGACGGAGAAGGUUGACAUAUACAGCUUCGGUGUGCUGCUGCUGGAGCUAGUCACGGGGCGAGUGGCCAAUGGAGCUGGAGUGGAUGGUCUAUUGGCAAUUUGGGCGAGGGACAACUGCAAUGAAUUGAUGGCAAACCAUCUGAAAAUGUUCAAGAUUGCCGUGGACAAGGGCAUCCCUGAUCAAGCACGGUACAUGGAGGAGAUGGCAACGGUUUUCAAGCUUGGUGUGGAUUGCACCGUCGGGGAUCCAAAGCAAAGGCCAUAUAUACAGAUGGCUCUCAAACGACUCCGCCACAACCGUGGGCGUGGCUCAUUCUGUGGCCUCCUCAUCCUGUAA